AUGAAUGUGCAAGUAGUUGAUGAUUUGCUAGAUGAUGGUGGAAUACAUGCAGUUAGCACAGAAUUGUGGUGCAAUGACAUUGCUGAAGAUGUACUUUUAGAAGAAGAUGAUGAUGCCGUAGAAGAAACAGAUAUGGACAAUAUGUUUGAUGAAACCAACUACCCAACACUGACUGAAAUAGAAAACGCAAAAGAACCAGAAAUUGGCAUGUGUUUUGCUAGUAAAGAUGAGGAAUAUCAUUUCUUUAAAGUACAGGGCAGAGGUGUGCUGAAUGAUGACCCAGGAAGAAAGCGAAGGAGCAACGUUGUCAUGCGCACAGAAUGCAAAGUCUCAAUGCGUGUGAAACUAGAUUCAAACCAGUGGAAGAUUAUUGGUCUCAACUUGGAGCGCAACCAUGAACUAGCCCCAUCAAAAUGGCUUGUUCAUUUCAUGAAAUGCCACAAAAGCAUGACACCAGCUGAGAAGAAGUUUAUCGAAAUAUUGCAGAACAGCAGGGUGCCUCCAAGAAAAGUAAUGUCCAUAUUCAGAAUGCUGAGGAUCCAUCUUCGAGCUGUGGGUUUCGAUGCAAGAGAUGUCACAAAUUUGAAAAGCCAAGAAAAUAAGAAGCAUAGGAACAAGUAUGUUGAUGAGUUGCUGACAUUGUUCAAAGAUAGGCAGAAGAGAAUACCAGGAUUUUACUAUAGCUUGCAGACAAAUGAAGAUGGAACAGUACGUAGUGUGUUUUGGACAGAUGCAGUUGGCAGGUCAAACUACAAGGUUUAUGGAGUGUACAUAUCAUUUGACACCACGUUUAGCACUAACGUCUAUGACAUGCCAUUUGCACCAAUAGUGGGAGUGGACAACCAUGGCAAGACAAUUCUAUUUGGAUGUGGUCUUCUGAAAGAUCAGACAGCUGAGAGUUUUGAGUGGUUGUUUGACACAUUCUUGGCUGCUAAUGAUGGCAAAAUACCAAAGACAAUAAUAACAGACCAGGACCAGGCAAUUGCAAUUGCACUGAAUUCUAAAUUUCCAUAUUCAGUACGAAGGUUCUGCUACUGGCAUAUCAUUAAGGUAAUGAAGCAGAAACAGUAUGCAUACUUUAAGGCUCGUAAAGGUUUGUACAGAGAAAUCAAACGAGCUGUGAAGGACUCAUUCACACCAAGUGAGUUUGAGCAAAGGUGGCAUGAAGUUCUAACAAAAUACAAUGCUACAGACAACAACAGAUUAAAUUACUUGUAUAACAUAAGGAGGUACUGGGUGCCAGCAUACUUUAUGGACUGUUUUUACCCUUUUUCAAGUACUACUGGACGAAGUGAGAGCACAAAUGCAAUGUUCAAAGGAUAUGUCGCCCAUAAGGACACAAUUGUAAAUUUUUUUGCUGCUUAUGAAAACAUACAGGAGAAGAGUUUGUCAUCGUUGGACAGGUGCAGAUUUGAUUCUGAGUUGAAAAAACCCAACCAAUGGUCAUACAAUUGUUUGGAGGAGGAUGCUUCGAAGAUAUAUACAAACGCAAUUUUCAGGAAAAUUCAAAAGGAAUUCAGGAACAGCACAGCGUAUGGGGUUGCAGAAAUAAUUAAUGGAAGGUUAUAUGAGGUGAAAAGGAAAACUGAGUACAAGGAUCUUGAAUUUCAUAAAGAUUUGUUCACUGUGGAGGUCGCAGAUAACAAGAAAGAGUUCAGUUGCACUUGCAGGAAACUAGAUAGGGAUGGCAUUCAUUGUUGUCAUGUUAUUAAGAUUGCUGAAAGCAUUGCUGGUGACAAGAAGGCAGUUACUUUAUUUGCUACAGAGUUUGAAAAACUAAAGGAAAAAAUUACAGAAGAAAUGAAAAAAAAUUCUGAAGGCAAUGCUCAAACCAACCCAGAGAACAUGAUAGGAGGCCAAGGGAGCCCUGCUGGAAGCAACCAAGAGAACGAACCAGCACGUGAAACCCCAAUCUACAAAGACCCCCCACGUGUGAUUAAGAAGAAGUCGAACACAAAGAGAAAAAUUCCAAUUAGAGAGAAGGUGGAAAACCAGAUGAGGGCAUAG